CCCCGAUUGUAACCUUGCUCACUCUGGUCUCUCCGCGCGGUUCUUUGCCGUCAUCAUGAACUGCAGUCUGUCUGGGGACUUUGCAUCUGGAUUGACCGGCGCUUCCUCCAUCUCGUCGCUGUAAGAGCAUGUCUCUGUCGGGAACCAAAUGUCCGUCGCAACCUCGAUUCCCGACACCUCCCUUGGCCUUACCUCCUCCGAGAUCCAGAUUCUCCGGCAGCAGCAGCAGAUUGCGCUACAGGGUGGACAUGCCGGGAGUGUGGUCUCCAGAGGCAGAGGGACUGGAAGGAAUAGUAAUUCAAGCUCGCGCGCUACCAGUGCCGCCAGCAGCCAAGGUCGAUUGUUGUUGGAUCCUAUGAGCCUCAGGGCUCUGUCGCAUCAACUGGACAACCUGCAGGAACAGAUUAGAAGCAGGAUCGACUAUUUAGAACAGCAAAUGCAGCUUUCCAUCCAAAAUAGCUAUGAUCGUGCAGGGAACGUCAUUCGCGAUGCGGACGCCGAAAUCGCCCGCACUCGUUCGAUCCUCGCCUCGAUGGAUGAACUGGAGAAUGAGCUCGCAAAGAUCGGGCACAUCAGAGAAAUCGUCAAGUCCUUCCGCGCUAGGAUUGAGAGCCUGGAUCACCGACUCGAUCAGUCUGCCCGACGAAAACACUAACUUGUCUAUAUCAUAUCUUCAUACAUCAACUCUUCUCUAUCCGGAACAUCUGCAGAGUCUACUGGUCGCAAGGCGUCACGCCACCGCCAACGAUUCCCAAACCAUGGAAAUCG